GCCGUCAAUUCUAACACUCAUAUUGCACGCUUGAUCACCUCUAUCACACAAAUAAUUCAUAGAAACUACAUAGCUACCUUCUUUUCUUUUUUCUCCCCAUAGGUUAUGCGCGGACGGCUGCCAGAAGCAUUUCCUACACCGUCCUUGCUUCAGGAGCUGACGGCUAUUAACAUUCAUACAAAUCCAUCAAAGCACAGUGCUGACGAGUUUGAUGGAAUUUACGAAGAGCAAGUUCUUCUUCAGACACUCGUUCGCGAAAUUACUGACGAAGCUCAUAGCUGCCUAUCGGCGUCAGGCAUCAAAAUUAGACCGUAUAUCUUGAACCAGCGUGAACAUAUCGCCUUGCUUGGUAUUGCCCAUUUGGUCCAGCAAGACAUGCGAGCGCUUCAAUACGAACUAUCGCGCGCCGGUCGGCCACCUGAUCAACGAGACGGGGAGUAUAAACCGGCACCUGAUUGGGAUGAAGACUAUCUAAAUAAGCUACUGGCUGAUUGGAAUGAACCCGUGGUUCUGGAAGCAGAUUAUUACCUGCUGCGAUCCAUGUGUCUAUACGACCUGGGCACAUCAAUCCAAGUCAAAGUGCUUGGUCCAGAUCGGGUUGAAAAGUACAUGAACAUGGCGCUGAAGCUGGCGAAGAAAGGCUCCAAUAUACUUCAAAGUGUAUUGGCGGAGGCUGACAAAUCGAUGGAUGAAUACUGGAGAUAUCCAACAAUAAUCAGCUAUAUCCAUCAAUACCAGACGACGAUGACGAUCUCAGAAAUUAGGAAGUUUGAAACAGUAGUCAAGUUACCGGCCUCUGAACAGCUUUUGGAGAAAGCUAGACAGCAGGCAACUCUAGCAUUGCAAUCGUUCUAUCUUGGCAUUCGACGAUAUCCAAGCAUAUCUAAUUCAUCUAACGAGUCAUUCAGGGACCAAGAAUGGAGCAACAUGGCUAAAACAGCUGAACUAUACAUACCUCUAGCAAACGACUUCCUCGAGCGCCAAAUAUGGACACAGCAUGUAGUCAAGCUCCUCAGCGGCGCGAUUCUUGAGAAAAAAACACGACGCGAUGAUCUGCUCAUAAGGAUUUCAAAAAUAUAUCUUGACUUUGCUCUUUCGAUCCACGAGCUGCCUGAGAAAUCUCUUGUCUAUCCGCGAGUCAGUCCAAUGUUUCAUGAGAUGCAACGUGCAGCACUUUCGGCUCUUGUGUAUGCCAAGCAUGCUAUGGAAAAUGCACGUUUAGAGGAUCUUCAGCCAGAACAUUAUUCGCAGGUAGGUGCCUUUGUAUUCUAAGUUGUACUCACUCAUAUGCCCACCAUCCUUUCAAUCUAAAGAUCG